ACAACUGUCCUUGCAUUGAAUAGCUCGUGCAACUCCAAACAAUUAGAACAUACAAAGUUACCACUCAUGGCCAAAGCUACAUCGGUUCUUAUCGUGCUUUCACUCUUCCACCACAGUCGACAAUUUCAACCCAAAUGUCCGCGUCUUGGACUUCCAUCUGAAAGUGGUGUUGAACUUCAAGGUUUUGUUUAUAAAUCAUUCCCAGAUCCAACACUUAGUGGUUGCUUUUUUAAGUGCAUGGAUGAUAAUGUUUGCCAGUCUAUCAACUACAACACUCAAACACUUCAGUGCCAGUUUAACAAGGAGAUAAAAAGGCUACGACCUAACAAUGUCCGGCCGAAGGAACACGGUAUAUACAUGGAAAAUCCUGAAAGAGCAAAAGAGGGCUCCCUUUCUCUUCCUGUUGGUCACUCGUGCAAAAAAAUCAAAGAUCUCGGUGAAUCUCGUGGAGAUGGAGAAUACUGGAUUGAUCCUGGGAACACUGGAAAACCCUUCACUGUCUACUGUGACAUGACUACUGAUGGAGGUGGUUGGACGCUGAUUAGACGAGCUAAACUAAGCACCACCAAUCCAAACCAACUUGGAAAAAUUGACACCAAAGACUACAAAGCAAUCUCAAACUACGCUGACAUUAGACAGAACGUCCUCGUCCCGGCAAUACAAAACUUAAGAACAAUUAUGGGAUUCCAUCAACUUCGAUAUCGAUGUUAUAAAAAGAGCAUCGAUCGAACCCUUCACAUCAUGACCACUAACAACAGCGCUGGACACAAAGUACUUGAUCACUACCUCGUCAAAGCAACAUGGCCGACAGCGUGCAACUCGUUUGAAAGACUUCCAGAUGACACCUCGGUUCUUUCGCGGAAUUGCCAAAAGUGGGGUUAUUAUGAUGGAAAGAUGGAGGUGAAUCGAUGGGGGAGAUCAUCAAAUGGAGGAGAUUGGAGGAUUUACAAUAACGCCAUUAUUUGGGAAAAUAAACAUUACUUGUUAUUUCAUUCGGGUGGAGCAUAUUAUUGUGACGAUUUCAAGGACGCUUUGUAUGGCGCCUUAAGUAUUGGGGAUAUUUGGGAACUUUAUGUCCGCUAAUUCUACAUUAGAAUAUAACUGUGGCUUAAACCAGUCCGAAGAAAAAUACAUUCUAUUGCUCUUGAUAAACAGAAACAAGAAGUUGGAAUCAUGUAACCAGUGUCCCUUUCGAUCCCAAUACACUGGAAAAAAUCGCGCUUUAAAGGUUGUAAAUUUGAUGUAAAUA